CCCAGGAAAGUCCCGCAUUCUUCCGAGAAGUUUCCCGAAGGGAGUCUGCUGCGUAAUGGUUGGUCAGGCACCAAGGGCCUGGGCAGGAGCGUCACAGCUUCCCCUCUGGGAGCACAGGACACAGCUUCCCGAUAUAAACCCACGCCCAGCCCCAGCUCCCAGCAGGCCCAGCCCAGAGCUGGAGGAAUCCUCCUUCCAGAGAACCCCAGGCAGCCACAGGCAGGAAAGCAUGGAUGGUCGCCGGCCAGGAUGGCUCCCCGGGGCCGCCCCAGGAGCACGAGAGGUUUGCCAUGGAGCCCUUCUGUCCACUGCUGCUGGCGGGUUUUAGCCUGCGGCUCGCCAAGGCUUUCACAGUCAACGAGAGCACCCCAGCCGACAGCAACUGGACCUCCACCACCUCAGAGCCUCAGGCCCCAGGCGCCCAGCCGCUGCUGGCCUGGCUGCUGCUGCACGUCGCUUGUCUGGCCACACCUCGAGGUGCCGAGAAAGGCGUGAGGCCUCGCGUGGGUGACCUGGGCGCCUUCGCUCAGCGGCUGCGGAAGUUCCGUGCCCAUGUUUCUUUUGAUUCCACAGAGCAGCAAAGAGUGAUGCUUCUCAGCAGGUCCCCGUCGGGGCCCAAGAAGUACUUCCCCAUCCCGGUGGGGCGGCUGGAGGAGGAGAUCCGGGCCCGCUCGGCCGACGACUGCAAGAUGUUCCGCGAAGAGUUCCACUCGCUGCCGUCCGGACACAUGCAGGGAACGUUUGAACAGGCCAAUAAAGAAGAAAACAGAGACAAGAACAGAUACCCCAACAUCCUUCCCAAUGAUCAUUCCCGGGUGAUUUUGAGCCAGGUGGAUGGAACGCCCUGUUCGGACUACAUUAAUGCUUCAUACAUAGAUGGUUACAAGGAGAAGAAUAAAUUCAUAGCAGCUCAAGGCCCUAAGCAGGAAACAGUGAAUGACUUCUGGAGGAUGAUCUGGGAGCAGAAGUCUGCGACCAUCGUCAUGUUGACGAACCUGAAAGAAAGGAAAGAGGAGAAGUGCUUUCAGUACUGGCCGGACCAGGGCUGCUGGACCUACGGACACAUCCGCGUGUGCGUGGAGGACUGCGUGGUGCUGGUGGACUACACCGUCCGCAAGUUCUGCAUCCAGUCGCAGCUCUCCGAUGGCUGCAGGGCCCCGCGGCUCCUGUGCCAACUGCACUUCACCAGCUGGCCCGACUUCGGGGUGCCCUUCACCCCCAUUGGGAUGCUCAAGUUCCUGAAGAAGGUGAAGACACUCAACCCCGCACACGCUGGGCCCAUCGUGGUACACUGCAGGUGCGUCAGGACCCGGGGCGGCUCGUGGGGGGACUCAUCCAGCGAGCACCGUUUACUCAAGGCCCUAAGUGGUCACUAUCAACGGCCAUUAACCUCACUUUUGUCCCACCCUCCUCCUGUGCCCGGGGCGGCUGAGCCCCUCGCUCGGGCAGGGCCUGCUGGGGACUCCAGGCUGCCCGUUGGUCCGCAGGUGCAGUACACGUUCAUCUACCAGGCCCUUCUGGAGUACUACCUCUACGGCGACACGGAGCUGGACGUGGCCUCCCUGGAGAGGCACCUGCAGACGCUGCAGGGCACCGCCACCCACUUCGACAAGAUCGGGCUGGAGGAGGAGUUCAGGAAACUGACGAACGUCCGGAUCAUGAAGGAGAACAUGCGGACAGGCAACCUGCCGGCGAACAUGAAGAAGGCCCGGGUCAUCCAGAUCAUCCCGUAUGACUUCAACCGCGUGAUCCUGUCCAUGAAAAGGGGCCAGGAGUACACGGAUUACAUCAACGCGUCCUUCAUCGACGGCUACCGACAGAAGGACUACUUCAUCGCCACGCAGGGGCCCCUGGCGCACACGGUGGAGGACUUCUGGAGGAUGGUGUGGGAGUGGCGGUGCCACACCAUCGUGAUGCUGACGGAGGUGCAGGAGCGCGAGCAGGACAAAUGCUACCAGUAUUGGCCGACAGAGGGCUCCGUGACACAUGGCGACAUAACCAUCGAGAUAAAGAGCGAUGCCCUUUCCGAAGCCAUCAGCGUCCGCGACUUCCUGGUCACCUGCCAUCAGGGCAAGGGCAUGAUCGACCUCAUCGCUGCCGUGCAGAAGCAGCAGCAGCAGACGGGCAACCACCCCAUCACCGUGCACUGCAGUGCGGGCGCGGGGCGCACCGGUACGUUCAUCGCCCUCAGCAACAUCCUGGAGCGCGUGAAGGCGGAGGGGCUGCUGGACGUGUUCCAGGCGGUGAAGAGCCUCCGCCUCCAGAGGCCGCACAUGGUGCAAACCCAGGAACAGUAUGAAUUCUGCUACAAAGUGGUACAAGAUUUUAUUGAUAUAUUUUCUGAUUAUGCUAAUUUCAAAUGAAAACUCCUGCCUUAAGAUAUUUUUUAAUUUAAUGGUCAGUAUAUUUUGUAAAAAAAAAAUCAUGUUAAUUUAUUUCAUAGUUGACAUUAAUUACCCUUUCUAAUGUCUUUGUAUAUAUCUUGUGAUGCUUUCAAGGCCGCCCGCUAUAAAGUUACUAUGUCGUGAAGGCCCCCUUUUAAAAACUGGAAUAAUGUAUUAAGGUCAGAUACUGUCCCAUAAAGUAUAUAUUUCGCUAAUACCAGUAAAUGUUUUAAUUUCUCAUUAGAUUCAGAUCAUUUAAUUUCUCACACUCAGCACCUCUAACUGUUAUAAAUCGUAAUGUGCCACGUGUCCAAGAUGCUAAGCACAGUUCAGGAGAAAACAGCUGGGGACUCAGAAAUCAGGUGGGACUUCGCUUUCUUAAGGCUGCUUGGUCGGCCCUGAGCCGCAGCGUUUUUUUGAGGACAAACUGUUCCUGAAGCUACGCGAUAAAGAGUGUGUUUUGUAAAGUCCUCGGUCCUACCCACGUGGUUUCCCUUUUACAAUUUAAAGAUCCAAGAAGGCCGGGCAACCUGAAUCCAGGUCUGCAGCUAGUGACUGUACAGUGAGAGGAACAGGCCAUGUCCCGGGCCGUGCCGGUGCCACCGGGGCCCGAUGACAGGAGAAGACCCAGGGGGUCCAGUUCGCCCAGGGCUUUGGAUGCAGCCAGAGCAGCCUUCCGAGCUGCAUCCCACAGCGCCCCCUGCUGCCCGUCCCUCUGCGUGUUUGACGCAGAUGAAUGCCUUUCUCGCUCUGGUCCCAUUGGCCGCAGCUGCCAGCGCGGGGGGCAGGUCUCCCAGGGACCCCACCUCAAACCACUUCCCCCACAAAAGUUCAGGUCAAGCCCCAAGCCCCGCACCCACGGGAGCCAGGAGCGCGCGCUUGGUAGAAAGAGCAGCACGACCACAGGUAACGAUGCUUUAAACUUUCUGAGAAGCGUUUUGGUACUUAAAAACCCCUUGUAAAAACUGACUGUUUGUAAGAAAAGAAACCCUGAAGUCUAGAUUUAUACUGUUUUUUAAAAGUCCCGCUCCGCAGUGUUUGAUUGGAGAAGAGAAAGGCUAGCUUAUUUUUGGAUGGAAAUACUACGGAGACCUUGGACCCUGGAUGAUCAUGACCCCCUGCCGGACAGGACCGGCUCAUGGGGUAAAAUAGAAGGGGGGGAGGGUGAAGGUAGACAGGUUUGAUUUGGUAGCAGUGGUCUUUCUAUGGCCGUUCGUGCCUAGCCGAUGAGCACAACCUCAAACACCUGGUCUCGCUGAUGGAAAGCAGCUCACCUGUGCAUUUUGGUGCGUCCAUUGCUUUUAAAAAGACAUCAACGCCUCGUUUGACAUUUCCCUGCGAGCGGAUUGCACUGUUUCUCCUGUGUUUAUUGCCUGAGCCAGGUUCCGAGGGCAGGCCCACAGCCGUGUCCGUGGCCAGUGAGCAGGCUGUACCCAGGCUGGGCCGGGUUCUAAGCACAGGCUCACAGCUGUGUCCACUGCCUGAGCCCCAGGCCCCGGGCUGGGCGGGUUCUAAGCACAGGCCCACAGGUAACCAGGCUCCUGCCUCUCCCCCGAGCCCCACCCAAGGGCCAGCACAGGUGCCCCGCUGGGAAGACAAAAGCACAACUCGGUGAGGUGAGGGCUGCCAUGCCGCCCGCCAGCCACAGCCCUGGGCUGUGCACACACACCGAUGUCGCCCGCCGCACUUGGGCCCCGGAAAGAGCUGCAGGGAGCGCUGCAAGGCAGGCUGGUUGGCCCCGUUGGUUCUCAUUGUUAAAUCCCGAGCCCAGAGCCUGCCUUUGACCGAAGGGGAAGAGGCAGGGGCUUCGCUUGCCACCGAUCCUAGAGCUAGCGCAGGCUGCCUGUGAUGCCGGCUGCCUGUGGUGCCGGCUGCUUGUCACUUAUCUGAGGGGCCCACGUGGAAGGGCGCGGAUUUGGGUCCAAAUCCAGGAGCCUUCCUCUGCAUCCGCCACGCCCUCCAAUGGGCUCCCUGGCACCUCCUGGAGGAGACAGACCCCCUCAGGGCGCCCUCAGGAAAGUGCCCCAGGGGUGUGUCCUCUGGCCCCUUGCGCCCUCCUGGUGUGCACCACAGGUGUCCGGGUGCCCCCUUUGUCCUUCUAGUCUGAGAAACAAAGCAGAAGCCACUGUCCCUGGGGCACAGACCCUCCCCAGGUGGGGGCAGCCCGUGCUUGCCUUCCCGGGGGGCCCGGGCAGGGGUCUAUGGGAACCCUCGGGACUCACCGCCUGUCUGCAGCCACCCUCAGUCACAGAAGGCCCCCUGUGCACACGGGCGCCGCCCGCCCCGGUCCCCUAGCGUCCCCAUGUUGCACGCAGUUGAAUUCAAUGCCAAAUCCGAUCGGAAGGCUCCGAUCCCACCUGUGUGCUUGGUCACCGUGUGACUCACUGACUCUCCCUGUGCUCACGAGGAAUGCAGGCCGGGGCUCUAAAGGGCAUUUUUUAUGUGUUUUUAAAAACUUUUACAAUGAGCCCGGCAUCCGUUUCAGCACCGGAGACAUGCCCGCGUGUUGUUUUUAAUGUCUGGUGACUGAUACCUGUGUGUCACUACGUCAUGUUCCGUUCAUGUGCGACCCUUCUCUGUAUGUACCCGGUUUCACCCGUCUUGCCUCCUUUGAUUACACUUGUCAUUUGCUCUUGUUCUGAUUUUGAUGCCACUGAAUGUUGCUGACGUCUUUGUAGCUGCAAACUGCAAGGUGGGAAGCAUUCCGACGCGAGGAUAAACCUUUGCUUUGA